AUGCAAAAUGUCAGUAAUUCAUCUGAGGAAGAAGAGGAAGAGCCACAGCCCAAGGUUAGUCUGUUUUUUGAACGCGUUCGAAUUCAUGGCGAUCAUCACUUCAUGAAGACCUACGCCUAUAUACACGAGGAUCGCAAAUUCUUCGAUGUGUUUAUCAAGCUCGAUCGGAAGCUAGGCAGCAACUAUCUCAUUAUGAAUAUAAAUAUGCGUGCGAAGUUCGCAGGUAGCAAUGAUUUUAUGAAGUUGUUCGAGUUGCGACACAUGGACUUUUGUGCAUUCGCCAAUAAUCCGAGCUUCCGUCAAUUCUUUAUGAGCACCACACACAUUAGCAAAGUGCUCGAGUGCCCCAUACAGGAGGGAAACUACAGCAUUGAAAAUAUAGGUGUGAUGAAUAUAGUCAGCGCAGGCAGCUUGAGCAAAGGCACUUACAAGUUCUUCACCGAAAUUGUCGAGGUAACCGGCGAUAUACCCAAAAUAUUUGCUAUGCAAGUGACCACGCUGAUAAUAUAA